AUGGAUAGCCCGGUCAACUUUUCUACACUGGUUGCGACGGAUGGCGAGCCAGAUUGGUUAGACGUAGCCGCUGGUGCAUCUGCAGCCUCAGCAGGGAAUCAAGGGAAUCAAGACCCAGGCUCUACUCACUCUAGCAAUGCUGUCCCCUCGCUGCUCCCGCCGACUACGACUGCAGCAGCAGCGCCGGCUGCAACAAAGUCAACAACACUCAAUCCGGCACCGACGGCACCAACGGCAGCUGAUUUGAAUGAUUUGAUUCAAGAAAAGCCUUGGAAGUAUGUGGGCUAUCAGGCUUACUCCAACCUACUCGCUUCCGAGCCCGACUUUUUCGUCGCUCGAAAGAUGCCAUCUCGGAGAGAGUUGAGCUCCUGGACAAGAUCUCGACGUCCCUGUAUCGAUACAGUAAACAAAUUCAUCCUCCAACAAACCGCACUCUUAAGAUAUCCCGCUGCGCCUUCCUGGGAUAUCACGAGCCUCAAGAACUGGCAUCUGAGCCAUGACAACGAGGCGAUCCACCAGAAUGAAAAGACCUACCUGGACUACCCAGACGACCUCAUCCCCCUCGGCCCGCGAGACAAGACGCCGCUACGUCGGGGCAUGGACAGGUUUCUGUUCUUGCGCACGCUCCCCUUCUGGCGUGACGACCGGAGCAAGACGCUGUCGUCAUCGCCCGGCGGUGGCGGUGGUGGCCGGCGCAGGACGCGUAGGAUCACGGGGGACGUGGAAGCUCAAGCCGGCACUGGCACUGGCAGUCUUAGCAAAGCAGCCGACCAGCUGCCAGACAACGCCUUACACCCAACCAUGACUUUCUACAGCGACAAGGUCAUGGACCAUUUCGUGUCCGCCGUAACCAUUUUCAUCGGCGUUUUGAUGCUGGUGGUGCCCAUUUGGAUUCUCCAGGCCUUGGGAAACGCCUCGUACAAGUUGGGCGUCAUCACGGCUUUUGUCCUCACCUGUUUACUCUUGACGAGUGUGGCUAUGACGUCGCGUCCUCUGGACGCGCUGGGGGUGACGGCUGCGUACGCCGCGGUUCUGAUGGUGUUCCUGCAAGUAGGAUCUAAUAAAUAG